UAACUGGAAGCUUCUUCUCUUUCACAUAUAGUUGCUUUUAAAGAAGGCAAACCUAGUGACCGUGAACUAAAUGAGCUGGCGGGAAAGAUUGGUACCAAGUGGAAUAAUCUGGGAUUUCAACUUGGCAUUUCUCAGGAUGUACUGAGUGGAAUAGAGACCAAUGGAAAAGACAGACCAUAUGAGAUGUUACUUCUCUGGAGAGAUACAACAUCUUUGAAUGCACUUUAUCGUGACCUCUACCAUGCGUUGUGUUCUGACAGAGUUGGACUUGACAACGUGGCCAAAGAAUUUUGUUAUGUGUCGGGAAAAGGGCCAAGUCUACCCAAGCGCCCCAAAUUUGAAGACUCUCCAACCAAACAGUUUUUGGUAUCGUGCCUGGAAGAGCUGCACGAGUUUUACAACACGAACAGUAAGGUGAAAAUCACGCCUUGGGACCAAGACAACACAGUAGAUAUUGAUAAGAUUUACAUACAGUUAUCAAUAGUGAGAGAUGAUAGAAAACCUGACGAAACAGCAAAAGAAAAGCUUCAAGAUUACGCUGAAAUGUUUAAAGGCUACGGAGGUCGUCUUAACUCUAAAAGAAUUCUAGUCUACGGGAGACCGGGAAUAGGAAAGUCUACUUUCACUCAGAAAAUUGCUGUGGACUGGACCAGAGGCAAGAAAGAAAUCCUAAAGAAGUUCGAUGUUUUACUAUUAAUUAAGUUGCGAGACGUUUGCGACAGUCAAGAUUUCCGCACCAUGCUAGAGACUGCAGAGCUGUUGUCUGCUGAUGACCCAGUGGCAGUCGAUAACUUGGAUAAAUAUGUCCGUGAGAACCAAGGCAAAGUCCUGCUCGUUUUUGAUGGCUAUGACGAGUACAGCGGUGGAAAAUCAUCUCCAGUUGAUAAGAUCUGGAGAGGCAGUCUACUGAGAGGUUGUUGUGUUGUUAUCACAACACGGCGAGUAAAAGAAGAGGAGCUAAGCAAGCAGAGUCAUGUUCAACUCGAGCUCAACGGGUUCGAUAGUGAGGAGCAAGUCAAAGAGUUUGCAAGCAAGUUCCUUAGUGAUCAGAAAAACGUAGAAGAGCUUGUUGAAUAUCUGCGGAAACAACAACACCUUUGGGACAUGGCGAAGAUACCACUUCUCCUAUUAAUGUUGUGUCUAGUUUGGAAGGAGAAAGACAGGAAAGGACUACCCGCAUCUGGAGCGGACCUUUACUCAAGAUUCAUGCAGACCCUCUUGUAUCACAUGAAGUCAAAAGAUUCAGAAGAGGAGUUUCAAAGCAUAGAUGAAUACAAAGAAGAAUUAUCGAGAUUAGGAGAACUUGCCUUUUACGCUCUUUUGGAGAACUGUCUUCAUUUCAGUUUUAGCAAACUGCCUGAUAGCGAUGUCUUCAAGAAAUUUAUUGAUGCUGCUUUUUUGCAAACUUCAAAUCUUUCAAGUUCCAUUCCUGAGAAAAUCGUGUAUUUCCUCCAUAAGUCGGUUCAGGAGUUCGUCGCUGCCAGGUUCAUCGUUCGAGAACUGACGAAUAAGAAAAAUGAAAGUGUCACCUGCCUUUCAAAAAUUGAUUCUUUUCAAAAAAUAGAGGAGAUGUUUGAAGUUCUGAAAUUCGCCUGUGAGUUGUCAUCAGAUGCUGCCCGCGCUGUUCUCAGUCAUCUGCAGAUGAUAGGAGACAAAGAAGGUCUUACAGCGUACAACUUCACCGUGACGCCUUCUGUUGAGGAUUUGUCAUAUGAUCAAAAAAGGUUUAUUUCUAUCAGUUCGGAUUGUUUGUUUUCCUGUGCAGCGUCAGACAGACAAGCUGUGUUCCCUUUUUUUCUUGAGUGUGUUAAUUAUGUUCUAAUACUAAAUGGUGAACAGGUCUCUAUUGCUGCCAGAGAACACUUACUGAGAUCCACCAGUAGUUGUCCAAACUAUCUUUUCUUUGACCAAGGAUUAAGAAGUAAAGAAAUAGAUGAUGAUGAAGUUUUCUCUGUACUUCUUGAUUUAAACACUUCCCUUGUGUUGUGUUCGGGGGAAGUCAGGAGUGUAAAAAAGUACCCCAGUCUAGCAGAUGAAAGCUUUUUCCUUAAGAAAGAAGGACAGCAAAUGUUGUUCUGUCUUACUCGCAUUUGCAAGGACUACACGCACGCUCUGCCUACUGAACUGCUCAUUGAACUCACAUCAACACCAGUGUCUCCUUCUCAGCAGCCUGUUGAUGACUUGUCAAAGAAUCAAGACAACAGUGGUGCUUUGGUUUUGACUGAGAACGUACCAGACCACACUGGCCAGCAUAGCCUUUCAUUCGUCAGAGAGAUUGAAAUUUACGACCCAACAAGUGAGGAACUCGCGAUUGUGAAAAACGUGUUACCUUUCAUAACACAUCCGCACGACAUCGAAAUCGCCUGCCUCUUCUUUACGUCAUACGACGCUGGGCUGAUAGAGAGUGUGGUUUCCAACAUUCACCUUUCCGACAAUCUCCACAGCUUAAAACUUGUCAACAUUAAUUUGACAGCAACAUGUGCUGAUGAGAUCGCCAGUUCACUGUACCAGGCUGGUAACUUGCGCAAGCUUGACUUGUCCGGUAGCCCGUUGUACAGCAAUGUGAGGAGUUUGGUUGAGAACCUUGGACACGUGACUGUCUUAAGGUUGCGCCGUGUUAAUAUGGGAGAGGAAGAGGCCGCGGUACUUGGAGCUUCAUUGGCACGUAUAAAUGGGUUACAAAAACUGGAUAUAUCAGACAACGAACUGGGUCACGGGAUAAUUAAACUGGCGAACCACUUAGACUGUGCCCCUUCUCUGACAAAGCUGAACCUAGGAAAUACAAAGAUGGGUGCAGAGGAAGCCAAAGCUGUUUUCCGAUGUUUACCAAGAAUUACACUGCUACAGAAUCUUAAUUUAUCAUUCAAUCCGCUGGGCUAUGGGAUUAUGGAGCUGGCUAAAAACUUGAACUUUGUUCCUGGUUUGAGGCAGCUCUGGUUGCGUGAUACACAGAUUGGCGAAGAGGAAGUAUCAGCGCUGGCUUGUGCACUUAAGGAUGUACCAGAGCUGGUUGAUCUCGACGUAUCAUUGAAUCCGAUUGGCCGAGGAGUCAGUGUCCUGAUUCAGCAUCUCAGCAGUGUUCCUGAGCUGAAUUUCUUGUAUCUGGACGGUGUUGAGAUGACAAAAUCAGAAGCCGAGGAGUUGUGCACAGCAUGUAGAAGAUACACCACACUAAGCACUGAAUACCAUGAACUCGAGAAUAUCAAUAGCCAUCGACUGCGCACAGAGGCUGAAUUAGAACAACGAGGUUACGCAUUUGCUGAUGAGUAAGAAAUUAAAUGGAAAGCAGAAUCAAACGGUUAGAUGCAUCAUAAAAAGUCUCUAUUUGAAACAAGGAGACCUGAAAAUUAUGAAUUAAAUUAGUUUAGUUUAACUUUCGUCAAGUUACUCUACUGACCACCCUUGUGGUUUUGUUCACCUCUCGAUUCAGUGCAGUACAGGAACUCAACAAGUGCCGUUUCAGUGUAAUUCUUCGUUAACGUAUUCGUUGAGUUUGUGAUUUUCAUCGUGGAAUCAACAAGUAGUGAAUGCUUCGAAAGCAGUCUUACCAUCAUGGCACGCUCAGUUGCUUAGCACUUUGUGAGUUAUUGUACGGGUAAUUUUCUUUUUAUUGUUGUCUGAUUUAUACUGAUGUCAUGCGGUAGAUUCUGUUAUCAGUCAGUACAGUAGAUGCAGAGAUAUUAAGACGGAUUCCGUUCAAGCGAUAAGUGCAAAAAUUAUUCACUAAUAAUGUACUCACAGCACGGUAACUUUUUGAAUACUAUUUAAAACCUCUCACUGCAAUUCAUUUCUCUAGGGAACCCCGCGAUUAAAUCCUCAAGCAUUCUCGAGAAAUUUAAUGCUAAACCUCGUAAGAAUGCUUAAUGCGUGUGUUACUGUGUUUUCAAC